UAGACACGAUUUUGUUUGGGUUUUUCUUUAGACACGCAUAUAGACGUCGUGGUGUGGUGUGUUCUGUUCUGUUGUGUUGAAACAUGCCGUUUCUGGGACAGGACUGGCGCUCUCCUGGUCAGAGCUGGGUUAAAACCGAGGAUGGCUGGAAAAGAACGACGAAAAACGAGAACGAGACGAAUAACAAUGUUUACAAGAGCCACGAAUGUAAUCAAGUGGACUAUAACAAAGAAAACAUGCUCCUUUCUAUUAAUUAUGACGUGGCCUCUAAGAAGCGUAAGAAGGAUUUGAUGAACAACAACAGUAAGGUUCCAUAUUUCCACAAAGACAAAUGGAUUUACGUGCACAAAGGGAGCACCAAAGAGCGUCAUGGCUACUGUACAUUGGGAGAAGCUUUUAAUCGCUUGGACUUCUGCAGUGCCAUCAAGGACACCAGGAGAUUUAAUUAUGUUGUGAGGCUGCUUGAGCUGAUCGCCAAGUCGCAGCUACCGUCUCUGAGCGGAGUGGCGCAGAAGAACUACAUGAACAUUCUGGAAAGAGUGGUGCAGAAAGUCCUGGAAGAUCAACAGAAUGUAAGGCCCAUCAAAGAGCUGCUGCACACACUGUAUGUGUCCCUCUGCAGUCUGGUGCAGGACAUGGGCAAGUCUGUGCUGGUGGGAAACAUUAAUAUCUGGGUGCACCGCAUGGAAAACAUCCUGCAGUGGCAGCAGCAGCUGGACAACAUUCAGAUAAACAGGCCCAAAAGCACCGGGAUGACGCUACUGGAUUUGCCAGCCAGUCUCCAGCUGAACAUCAUGCAGCGGCUGUCAGACGGGCGAGACCUGGUCAGUCUGGGGCAGGUGUGUCCUGACCUGGGGGUACUGACUGAGGACAGGCUGCUGUGGAAGAACCUCUGUCACUACCACUUCACUGACAGACAGAUUCGCAAGCGACUCAUGGUUUCAGAUAACGGUCACCUCGAAUGGAAGAAGAUGUACUUUAAGCUGUGCCGGUGCUACCCUCAUAAAGAGCAGUACAGUGACACCCUGCAGUUCUGCACACAUUGCCACAUCCUGUUCUGGAAGGAUACAAACCAUCCCUGCACAGCCAACAAUCCAGAGAGCUGCAGCAUUUCCGUUUCUCCACAAGGUUUCAUCAACCUCUUUAAGUUCUAAAGGGACUUUCGGUUUGGAUUUCGUCGUUUGUACAUAGUGUAUAUAAAGUGGAAAGUGCAAUAGAUUCCCAGAUGUUAUGAGGAAAGCGAUUCAGCGUGUCGGAGGACGUCGGCAUGAGGAAUUUUGGAAGUUUGAAAAAAUGGAAAAAGGAAAAAUAUCAGUAUGUAAGAAGCUCCAUGUGUAUGUAUAAAAAAAAAAAUAUUCACAGAUUUUGUUAGGCACGACUUUGUUUACUCCAAAGAUUAAUGUGCUUUGCUUGGUGCGAGCAAUUUGCAUUACAGUCUGCCCUCAUGCUGCAAUACUUCUAUAUAUAGUUUGGGAUUUUUAUUUUUUAUUUUUAUAAGAUAUGACAGUGGAUGAACUUCUGUUGGACUGUACAGUAUAUUUGCAUUUUGAAAAGCAUGCAGGAGUUCAAAUAAGAACGUGAGGGGAAAUAGUAAUGUCCGUUAUUAUGGUGUGCAAUACUUUUCUAUCGAACGUUUUUCCACUUUUUAUACGUUUGACUAUUUUGUUUUGUUUAAAAUGUAUUUGCUGCAGUAAAUACGAGUACACACUUGACUAUAGUACAGCCUGUUAUGACACUAACGUACGGUGUAAUCGAUGAUGUUACAAUUCACUGGUUUCACAAACGUAGCCCGUGCACUUUUGAAACGUUUGUCAUUGUUCUGACAUGUUCACAUGUUGCCUUUUCUGCAUAACAGUAGAAAUGUUACUAUGCAUUAAUAUUUGUAACACACAUUUCUGCAACUUGAAUGUUUACUACCACCUGCAUGGUAUGAAUUUGAUACCAAAGAGUUGAUUAUUUGUUUUAUUCUGUUGCAUACUAUGUUAUUCUGACCAGGAAAAUAAAAGGUCCUUUUGUUUUUUUU